UGACAAUAAUAAUAAAUAAAAAAUAACGAGUAUAAUCGAUAAAUAAAAAAGAAUUAAAAAUGACAAAUGUUAGUUCAAUCAAUAAACCGUCAACAAGUGGUGAGCAAAAUUCAUCGCAAGAAUUCGAUGAAAUGAACAUUGAUCUAUUGAGUUAUCUGGAAAAAUUCAAUCCAAUUCUAUUGAAUCAACUUUACGAAUGUCCGACAGCAUGUUUAGCCGUUUUUCGUGAAUUGCCUUCAUUAGCUCAAAAUUUUGUUCUUCGUUUAAUGUUCAUUGAACAACCAAUUCCACAAGCUGUCGUUUCAUCUUGGGUUAAAUCUAUAAGUGAUUACAAUGAAGCUGCUGAUGUGCUCACAAGACUUCAGAUAUGGAAAUCAACACCAAUGCAAUCUGGAUUACCAGGUCGAUUGUUAAAUACAACUUUUCAGAAAAGUCUUCAAACAUCAUGGCUUGGAGGUGGCAAACAACGUUCAAUAUUCAAUUCUCUUGGAGUGGAUAAACAUCGUCCUGAUAUUGAAACGUUGGAUAAUUAUUCCAUCAACAAACGAUGGGAUUCCAUUCUCAAUUUUAUGGCUGGUGUUAAAUUAAAAGAUUAUAAUGAUAAUAUUGGUGAGAUUACGAAAAAAGUCAUCUUUAAUGCCGGUCUAAUUGAAACUGAUGAUAAUGGCGAGAUUGUCAUCACUGCAUCAGGUUUUCAAUUUCUUCUCAUUGAUAUUUCAUUACAAAUAUGGUAUUUCAUCAGAAAAUAUCUUGAACUUGUUGAAAGUUUUGGUUUCAAUUAUAUUGAAUGUCUUAGUUUUUUAUUCGAAUUAAAUUUUUUGACACACGGAAAGAGUUAUUCCACCGAUGGUCUUAGUGAAUCCAUUCAAUCAUUUCUACAACAUUUAAGAGAAAUGGGACUUGUUUAUCAACGAAAACGUAAAGAUGGUCGAUUUUAUCCAACACGAUUAAUGAUUCGAUUGUUUGAAAGUGUUCGUCGAAAUUUUCAUUUAUCAAAUAUGGCUUUAACACAACAGUAUAAUAAACGACAAGGUUUCAUUGUUGUUGAAACCAAUUAUCGUGUUUAUGCAUACACAGAAUCACCAUUACAAAUUGCCCUGCUGACAUUAUUUAUUGAAUUGAAUUAUCGUUUUCCAAAAUUCAUGGUUGGCCUCAUAACACGUGAUUCUGUUCGUACUGCUUUCAAGAAUGGUAUUACAGCUAAACAGAUUACACAUUAUCUUUCGAUGCAUGCACAUCCACAUAUGUAUUCGGAAAAACGAUCCACUGUUAUACCGGGUACAAUUAUUGAUCAGAUAUUUCUUUGGGAACAAGAACGUAAUCGUCUAACAUACUGUGAUGGUGUCCUAUAUUCACAAUUCAAUUCACAAACCGAUUAUGAAGCAUUAAGAAAAUAUGCAUUUAAUCUGGGCGUCAUAUUAUUCGAGAAUUCAUCACGUCGAUUAUUGGUGGUCACACCUACAGGUCAUGAAGAAGUGAAACGAUUCUGGAAAAAACAUAAAAAAGAAAGAGAUUAAUAUAUAAAAUAAAUUGUAUAUUGUGUAUAUGUUAGAAAAAAAACACCAUCUCUCCACUAUGUAAAUGUUAUGUGAAUUUAUGAAUAAUAAACAAAC